AUGAUCUCCCUCACCCCCGCCCGCGUGGCCUCUUCCUUUUCGCGCCCGGCCGUCGCCGCCGCGCUCCCGGCCGCCCGCUGCUCCUUCGGCAAGAUGCGUCAGGGUGGCUACAUGGUCUCCUCAGACGUGGUGAACAAUGCUGCGCGCGGCGGUGCCGGCGCGCCAUCUGGCGCGCGCGGCACCGUGACCGCCGCAACCGGUGGCGGGGGCGCUCCUGCCGGCAACAUCGUUGACGCCAUCACGGACGACCACAAGAGGCUGUUCUCGUACUGCGACCAGCUGAGGGGCCAGGGGCUGGGCCACGACCAGAGGGAGCACCUGAGGCACCAGCUGGUGCACGACCUCGCGGUGCACUCCCUGAGCGAGGAGGAGGUGCUGUACCCCGCCCUGAAGAAUGCGUGCGGCAAUGAGAUGAGGAAUCACGUUCUGGAUGAGCACACCACCCUCAAGCACAUCCUCAUGGACAUUGACAAGAUGGAUGCUGACGACCCCAACUUCAACCCUCGGCUGGAUGAGCUUGUUCACGAGCUGCGCCACCAUGUGCAGGAGGAGGAGGAGAAGGUGCUGCCCAUGUUUGCCUCCAAGGUACCAACCUCUGACCUGGAGCAUCUGGGCGACAAGUUCGAGAGGACCAAGGGGCAGGUGCCCACACGGCCCCACAUCCUUGCCCCCAACAAGCCGGCCACCGGCAACGUCGUGGUUGAUCGCCUGACGGCUCCCCUCGACAAGCUGAGGGAUUCAGCCGGCGGGCGCGAGGUGUGA